AUGGUCUACUCCGGCAAGUUAUCCAAGGCGUGCCAACCCUGUCGUGACAAGCGACGGAAGUGUGAUCUCCAAACACCACAAUGCUCACCGUGCCUACGGCUCCACAUCCCCUGUUAUGGGUACCGUGACACGCAGGAGUUGAACGUUCGCGACGAGACCACCCAUGUCGUGCAAAGGGCAAGAAACAACAGGCAGCAAAGGCGAAAGUCGAAGCCCCAAUCUGAAGUCCUCCACACGUCUAGUACAGACCGUUCGUUGAGGUUCAGCCCUCACUCGCUGGACGAAGACCAUGGAAAAGGAGGAGUAGGACGACAAAGACCACCGAGACAGCCCAUGGUACUCAGCCUUGCGGCACCAUCCGCGGAAAUCGCCCUCGGAUAUUUCCUUUCCGUCUUCGCGGAGACCAGUUCGUUCAGCUACUUGCCCGCGUAUUUGCCAGCCCUGAGAGAUGACGCGGAUAUCAUGGAAGCAGUCUACGCACCGUCCCUGGCCGCGUUAUCUCUUCACUAUGGUUCCCACAGAUUGAUGUGCGAGGCUCGCUCAUGCUACGCCAGGGCGCUGAGGCAAACGAACGAAGCUCUGAGCGAGCGUCGUACGGCCGUGCUCGACAAGACACUUCUCUGUGUCCUUCUUCUCACGACUUUCGAGGCGCUGACGUUCAGCGGCCGGAGUUCGCCACGCAACUGGGUUCUGCACGUCCGUGGUUCGACCAACAUUUUACUUUUGAGGGAAGCUGCCAAGGUUGACACUGAACUGGGCCGCCGCCUUACGUAUCAUGCCUCCAUCAAUACGAUUGCCGAAUGUGGCACAUACAACGUCCCGAUACCGAUGCCGUUCCGGCUCCUACAGGAAUCCUCUACCCCGGUCCGAAAGACGACAGAAUGUUCUGGUCUUGACGAUAUCCUGCGUCACCUGUUCAUCCUCAUGAUACGAUAUGUCACAAUCUUAUCUUCCAUGAAAGGAACGCUGGCCACGGAGUUUGUGACCAAGUGCUUGGAGCUUGAUGCCGACUUGGCGGCGCUAUUAGAAAUGCAACAGAAACAUAUGCCGUACCAGGUCAUCAAUGUCCCAAAUGAUGAUGAGGAACUGCGGAAAGCCACCAAAGGGGCGAAGGUCUGCGCCUAUCGAGACAUCAUACACACAUAUCAGUCUCAGCGGGAUGCGUUCCUAUUCAACAGCGUACGGUUGAUUCGCAUGGUAAUCAAUGAAAAGAUAUUCCUCGCCUCUGGCCCCAGUCCUCGUGGCGUCAUUCUGAAUGAACCACAGCCUGGAUCCUUCCUCUCCGAGAUCUGGAUGGAACUGCCACAAAAGGCCACUCAACAAGCGGCUGAGCUCAUCAAUGACAUACUUGCCAGUGUACCCUACUCCCUGGAGUUACUCCCGCCGGCGUUUCGAAUGAUGGCGCGAACACUCCUUUGGCCACUAUCUGUGACUGCUGUGACCGAAGUGUGCCCUCCGGAAGCGAAAAUGUACAUUAUCGACCGGCUAAAGAAGCUUGCUUGGUUCCAUGACCUUGCUCAGGCCAAGGAAGCGGCCACCAUGUUGGAGGAAGGUGCCAAACUGGAAGACUGGUAA